CCGCGUGGGGCCCGGCCGGCAGUCACAAGUACGCCUUACAAGGGAAAACGUCUGAUCGCCACGCCAUCAUCAGGGAAAACGUCUGAUCGCCACACCAUCAGCGGUCUGUAAAGAUGGGCAAUGUCAUGGCAUCAAGUUUGGCGCCAACACCAGGCCAAACUGAGGAGAAAGCUUCCAAGACAUCUCUAGAAAAUCCUGGUUCAAUGGACGAACUUCACAAAGCCUGCAAAGAUGUCUUCCCUACAAACUUUGAAGGAGCGAAAAUUAUGGUGAACAAGGGUCUGAGCAAUCACUUUCAGAUCUCGCACACGUUGAACAUGAGCUCUGUGACGCCUUCCGGGUACCGCUUCGGCGCGACGUAUGUGGGGAACAAGCAGUUCAGCCCGUCGGAAGCGUUCCCCGUGUUGCUAGGCGACAUCGACCCGUCGGGCAACAUGAACGCCAACAUCAUCCACCAGUUCAACGAGCAGGUGCGCUGCAAGUUUGUUGCGCAGGUUCAAAACUCCAAGUUCAUGGCGUCGCAGUUCUCGGCGGACUACCGGGGCCGUGACUUUACCGGCUCGCUGACGCUGGCGAAUGUGGACGUCAUCAACGACACGGGGGUGGUGGUGGGCCACUACCUGCAGUCAGUCACGGAACGCCUGGCCCUGGGCGCGGAGCUGGCCUACCAGUACGGCGCGCAGGUGCCCGGUGGCCAGAUCGCCGUCCUCUCCGUGGCUGGCAAGUACAAGGCGCCCGAGUACACGCUGAGCGGCACGGUGGGCGCGGCCGGCGCGCACCUCUGCUACUGGCAGAAGUCGUCCGACCAGAUCCAGUUCGGCUGCGAGCUGGAGACCAACUUGCGCAUGCAGGAGGCGGUGGGCAGUGUUGGCUACCAGAUCGACCUGCCCAAGGCCAACCUGGUCUUCCGUGGGAUGGUGGACUCGAACUGGACGGUCGGUGCCGUGUUAGAGAAGAAGCUACAGCCGUUGCCGUUCACGUUUGCCCUGAGCGGUAUGCUUAACCAUCCCAAGAGUCAGUUCCGACUUGGGUGUGGCUUGAUUAUUGGCUGAUAGUAGGCGAAAGCCGCGGCGGGCAUACACGAGCCGCUAGAUGAUAACGUGGUGCUGCAGAGGAGCGCGUGGUCGCCCGGUGGGUUUGUCUGUCGGCUUGCCUGUGUUGUCAGGCAUUGAAGGCUGCCAUACGCGUGUGGUGUGAGGCAUAGCAUGUCUGUCCCGGGUUGUGUAGCUCACGUAUGACAUGGUUCCAAAAUGCUCUGAUAGCUGUUCGGUGUGAAAUCACUGAGGCUCGGUUGAUUUGACUCGUUUGCAAAGAGGAGAGGUGCUUCAGAUUUGGUAGGUCACCCAGAGUUUGUGAAAGCAUGGCAUGAUAGAGGCUGGGAGCGGUUCAGUCAGCACCUGAAUGAUGAGAACUGUUUGCCACUAUUGGAAAAAUAACGUUAUUAAAUGGCAGCAUAUGCUCACUGUUGCAUAUGACUGCGGCCGCUUACUGAUAUCGUCGCAAUUUUACUUUCCAUGUCGGCUCUAAUUUUUUUCACUUUUUGUCAUUCGGAUAGGUUACGUGCCACUUGUCCCCAAAUAAAUCAGCUGUGUAGCUAUGGUGUUCCGGGAAAGCGUCGUUUUAGCCAUUUGGAAGCAUGCAUCGAAUUCAACUUCGAAUUUUGCGUCUGGUUAAAUGUUUAGCGCGCACGUUUGUGAUGGUGAGAAAGGGGACCGUAUGUUCAUUCAGUUUGUGUAAAAAAAAAAAAACACCCAGCAUU